GUCAGCGGCUUUCCCCAUGGCUCCCUUGUUUUUGUGCCUGAAAUUGUUUUCUUUCUCUAACUUUUACUUUACACGCGGGGAAAACCGAACUUUGGUCACGGUAAACCCAAGCUAUGACGUUUAAUGGCUUCAAGCGUAUGUUGAGCUUGACGCCCACAAAUGCGUUUGCGUACUUUACGAACCAAAACAGCGAUCGCAGGCUAGGAUUUCGAGCGUACGGGGACAUGUUAGAACUCGAAGACAAAUAUUCGUAUAGGAGACCUGAAUUCCUGCAAUUAAACGAAGAAUCAGAGCAAGCAAGUGCUGAUCAUGAAGUUAGACCAAUCCUCAUCCCUCACCGGGAAUUGCCUCUAAACGCUGGCUAUGCUGAGGCAAUCAAUGCUGGAAAAACACUGCACAAAAAUGAGGACCAGGCAUUGGCGGGAAUGUUCUGCCUUAAUCUUGAUAAGAAAACUAGACCAGCUGGAAACGAAGCUGGGAGGAGCAGCCCUACGCACAUCACACAGACCAAGAUCCCAUACGCCUGCUUUGGAGUGUUUGAUGGUCAUGCCGGUGAAGGGGCUUCGUUAAUGGCUGUCAACACCCUGCAUAUUCACAUCAUGGAGAAGCUGUCGAGUGUGAAGGAGUUGCUAACAUGCAAGAGUGAUGAGAAGCUUGCCCUCUCUCCUCAGCUAGCAGAGGCAGUUGUGUCCUCUAUUUCAAUCGAUAAACUAGUUAUUGGUGCAUUAGAGGAAGCUUUCUUUGAAAUGGAUGAACAAAUAAGAAGAGAAAGAAAUACAUAUAGAAUCACUGGGGGUUGCACUGCUGUGGUUGCCCUCUUCCUAGGGAAGAAACUCUAUGUCGCAAAUGCUGGAGAUUCGAGGGCCAUUGUGUCUCAAAAAGGGAAAUUAAUAGAGUUAUCCAUGGAUUUCACCCCAGAGACAGAGCGCAGAAGGCUCCAACUGAUUGCCUACCAAAAACCUCACUUACUGGGUAGCGAGUUUGGUAGACUGGAGUUUCAGCAAAGGGCUCGCAAGAAAUUUGUCGGACAAAAGUUACUUUACCGAGACAGACACAUGUCGGGGUGGGCUCAUAAGAUUGUCACAGAGGAAGAUGCGCAAAAGUUUCCUAUGAUUACAGGAGAGGGUAAAAAGGCUCGCCUUCUAGACACGAUAGGUACCACAAGAGGGUUCGGCGACCACGACCUCAAAGUACCUUACUGCAAUCUUUCCAUCAAGCCAUUUCUUACUCCGGAACCUGAGGUCAUGACGUAUGAUCUGACGCAAUGCAAACACGACGAGGAUGACGUAUUGAUCAUAGCCACAGAUGGAUUAUGGGAAAAACUCACCAAUCUGAAGGCAUUAGAAAUAGUUGCUGAAGUAUUCCAAAAGACGCCAAAGCACGACAAGCGAAGGUACGUGGUCGCGGCCCAGACUCUUGUGGCCGAGGCGAAGGGAGUCCUUACCGAGAAGGGCUGGAGACGAGCCUGCGGAGAAAUGGGAUCCUAUGACGACAUCACUGCCUUCGUGAUACCUCUGAACAAUAGCGUGACAGAACAAAUCACCGUAGAGUACGACCACCACGAGCAUGACGUCACCUCCGCUUCCACAACAACCACGACAACUAGCACCAAGACUAAUGAAGUCACUUCCGCUUCCACAACAGCCACGACAACUAGCACCAAGACUAAUGAAGUCACUUCCGCUUCCACAACAGCCACGACAACUAGCACCAAGACUAAUGAAUUCACUUCCGCUUCGACAGCAUUAACGACGACAUCUAGCGCCAAGACUAAUGACGGCUCUUCCGCUUUCACAACAACAACGACGACAACUAGCGCCAAGACUGAUGCAAAUUAGGUACAAACAUAUAUUAUGUGUCUUGCGAAAGAUCUCAAGCCAAUAAGGGGGAGUCGGCGUUGACAAAAGGAGUUCCGCAUGUAGGUCGACUUCCUCAUUAUUAACAGUGUUAUCUAUUUGCCUAAAAUGAUCAGUAUAGCCUAUUUAGAUAUCUUAAGGUAUCUUGACUUUGUGUUGUUUAUAUACAAAUAAUGGCUUUUUUAAAAGCUCUAUGAAGGAAGGGGUAAGUGAUAUUAUAGCGGGAAGUGGUGGUUGGGGAUAAAUGGAUACCUAGUGUAGAUAGCGAGCUGGAGAGUGGGGGAGGGAGGGGGAAAUGUCUCAUCGUCGAGAUGUUGCUAUUGGGAUCUUAUGAUUCAAUGCCGGAGCAACAGCUCACUCGUCAGCGUUAGUCCAGACCUUGGACUCUCUUUGCGCUUGAAAUUCUGGCUCGCGUGGAAGGGAGUCUCAGGUCUAGGCUAACAAGCUGUACAUUUCAGAGUGAAGUUACGUCCAAAGUGUGCAUUGUAGUUGUCGCUUCGCUGUCGUUAUGCUCAAGACUUGUAUAAAUCAUCAUACGACUCGAAAACAGCGACUAAUACGCAACGUCAUCAUCCGUGCAGAAGAAGAUGUAUCCGUUUAUCAACAGAGUCAUUGCUAACACUAGAAUAGUGUAGCUAACUGUGGUUUUUUAUCUUUUUGGAAUUGGACCUCACAUAAAAAGAUAUUAAGAAAUGAUAUAGUAUAAAUGAUGAAAACUGAAACAAUUAAAUCCAGAUAAUUUGGAGAAAGGGUAACAAUUGGGGACGUAAAGCCGUCGUGUAAAAAUAACUAGAUGACCAAAUAAACAGACAGUCUAGUAGAAACCUGGUGGAGCUUUUCGACACGCUAGGAAGCUGUGUACUAGUAUAGAUUUUUUUAUCGCAAAUGGCCUUGAUAAAAAGGACAAUUUCGCUUUAUAAUCAGUAACUAAAGUAUUUAUAGACCCUUUCCAUCAACCGGGAAAAGUACUUUGAAUUUUAACUAACUAUUUUCGUAUCUUAAAGCAGUGUUACGCCCCUGUGUUUAGUACACAUAUUUCUUGUUAUACUUUCUUGCUUAUAUUAAAAGUUUCUUAUCGAAGGGUUUAUACUUCUACGUAUAUGGCAAGUUUUGCCAUCGUAGUCAUCAAAAAAUAAAUAAAAAUACGUCUGUGUUUC